UUCAGCAAAACUUUCCCAUCACUUUACUGCAUUUGGGAGGUUUGUGAAACCCCAAAGAGGAGACAUAGCGACCCGCUGUCUGCGUUUUCCACAGUUAUCCCAACUAUCACCGGCUCUUCUGAGGGAUUGCGCCGUGCAGCAUGUCACAUUCUAGCCCUACACACUCCGCGAACAUCCCGUUCAGUCCGGUCGUCAUGUCCUCCGGUGAUGCGUCGGCGCAGAGUCGGCGGACCAGCGUGCUGUCUUGGGAUCAGGUGCAGCGUUUGGACUCCAUCCUGGGGGAGAGCGUCCCGAUCCACGGCCGCGGAAACUUCCCCACGCUGUCCGUGCAGCCCCGGCAGAUCGUCCAGGUGGUCAGGGCUCGACUGGAGGAGCGGGGCGUGGUGGUAUCUGACGUCAAGCUGAACGGCUCAGCGGCCAGCCACGUGCUUCACCAGGACAAUGGCCUUGGCUACAAAGACCUGGACCUGAUCUUUGGCCUGAGUCUGACUGAUGACACAACCUUCCGAGUGGUGAUGGACGUGGUUCUGGACUGCCUGGUGGACUUCUUGCCUGAAGGGGUGUGCAGGGAUCGAAUCACCGCCAUCGCCCUGAAGGAAGCGUAUGUGCAGAAACUGGUGAAAGUUUGCAAAGAGACGGACCGUUGGAGCCUCAUCUCGCUGUCCAACAACACCGGCAAGAACGUGGAACUGAAGUUUGUGGACUCCCUGAGAAGGCAGUUUGAGUUCAGUGUUGACUCCUUCCAGAUCACUCUGGACUCGCUGCUGCUCUUCGACCGCUGCUCGGAGACGGCUAUGUCCGAGACCUUCCACCCUACGGUGCAGGGGGAGAGCAAGUACGGAGACUUCGAGGAAGCUCUGGGUCACCUUCGCUCCAGGACUAUUGCCACCCGCAACCCGGAAGAGAUCCGCGGCGGCGGGCUGCUCAAGUACUGCCACCUGCUGGCGCGCGGCUUCCGGCCGUCCUCCGAGACUCAGAUGAAACAGAUGCAGCGCUACAUGUGCUCGCGCUUCUUCAUCGACUUCCCCGACAUAAACGUGCAGCAGAGGAAACUGGAGGCGUAUCUGCAGAACCACUUCGUGGGCAUGGAGCACAAGCGCUACGAGUGCCUGGUGACGCUGAGGCGAGUGGUGGACGAAAGCACCGUGUGCCUGAUGGGACACGAGCGCAGACAAACGCUGGCACUUAUUUCCGCCCUGGCGCUGCGCGUAAUGGCCGAACAGAACGCUAUCCCUGCUCUAUCCAACAUCACCUGCUACUACCAGCCCGCUCCAUAUGUCAGAGACGUCAACUUCAGCAAUUAUUACGUGGCACGAGUUCAGUCACACAUGGCUACAUGGAACUCUUAUCAAACGUGGCUGCCUUGCAGUUGAGCAAUGACUUUUAGGGAUGUGAGGAGAGCUUUCCGAUUUGACUUUACGUUUUUUGUAAGCUGAGCAUUCAUACGAGCGCUCUGUGCUUCUGUAGCAAUGUGGCUUUUUUUGGUUUGGGGCCCAUCGUGAACAAAAAGGAAUUAAUCUGUCUUUUUUUUGCCAAAUCUUAUAUCAAAACCGUUCCACUAAGUUAUAUUGAUUAAUACUGCUGUAAAGACAAAUCUAAUUUGAGCCAUUAUAAUUGUGACUUUUUAUUCUGUUGUCGUUUCAUAACUAAUGUGGACAUGUACGGGAAAAAUAUGAAGGGUUGAUAUGUGACGGAGGACCUUUGCCAGGUCUGUUUCUUGUCUGAUGGAGGCUUGCAUUGGGUCUUUAAUGAAUUGUAAAUACUUUAUGCGGAACCAGUUUUUUGUUCUGUCUGUGGUUUCAACUGACCUGUUUGGGAGGGGAAAAGGACCAAAGAAAAACUUUCUUGUGUAGCAUAACAAACAAAGACUGUAUGUGGUCCCAAGUGCCUGCAACUUUCCAACUGUCUUUAUAGCAUUUGCUCUGUAAUAAUUGUUUUGGAAACUUUUUUUUUUUUAUCCAGGUUACUUUACAUUUUUAU